GCUCUCGAGCAGCGUCUCUACAGAGAGCCAGACGCCGCAGACAGAGCGACAGGUCCCGGGCUCGAUCCUGAACGCGACCUCGCCGAAAAUCCGUCUUCAUCCUCAGAGAAAUAAAACGUAGCGCCAUCAACGACAACGGGAGCAGAAAGUACACCCUCUAAGCUUUCUAACGAGCCCCAUAUUGUCACAAUAUGAGGUUGGUGCAUUUUUAAAACAAGAGGCGAAAGACUGAGAGAGAUUACAUAUAGAAGACCCGGUUCUUCGCUUGAGCAGAUCUCCGCUGACGGAUUUUUUUGCCCGUUUCUGCUUUUAAACGAGCUCGUAAACUGAACAUUAUUGUAUUUUUUUUUUCUAAUUUUUUUGAGCUAGCGAGCGGUUUUUGCUAGCAGAUUUCUUCAACAUGGAGUUGAGAGUGGGAAACCGAUACAGACUGGGCAGGAAGAUUGGAAGUGGAUCGUUUGGAGACAUCUAUCUGGGUACCGAUAUCUCAGUCGGAGAGGAGGUCGCCAUCAAGUUGGAAUGUGUGAAGACCAAACACCCACAGCUCCACAUAGAGAGCAAAAUCUACAAGAUGAUGCAGGGUGGAGUGGGCAUCCCGACGAUAAAGUGGUGUGGGGCCGAGGGCGACUACAACGUGAUGGUGAUGGAGCUGCUGGGGCCCAGUCUGGAGGAUCUCUUCAACUUCUGCUCUCGAAAGUUCAGCCUCAAGACGGUCCUUCUGCUGGCCGACCAGAUGAUCAGCCGCAUUGAAUACAUCCACUCCAAGAACUUCAUCCACAGAGACGUGAAGCCGGACAACUUCCUGAUGGGGCUGGGCAAGAAAGGCAACCUGGUCUACAUCAUCGACUUCGGCCUGGCCAAGAAAUACCGCGACGCUCGCACACACCAGCACAUCCCCUACCGCGAGAACAAGAACCUGACCGGCACCGCCCGCUACGCCUCCAUAAACACACAUCUGGGCAUCGAACAGUCCAGGAGGGAUGACUUGGAGUCCCUGGGCUACGUCCUCAUGUACUUCAACCUGGGUUCUCUGCCCUGGCAGGGCCUCAAAGCUGCCACCAAGAGGCAGAAAUAUGAACGCAUCAGCGAAAAGAAGAUGUCCACGCCCAUCGAGGUUCUCUGCAAAGGCUACCCAUCGGAGUUUGCCACCUACCUGAACUUCUGCCGCUCUCUGCGGUUCGACGAUAAGCCCGACUACUCGUAUCUUCGCCAGCUCUUCAGGAACCUCUUUCACAGACAGGGCUUCUCCUACGACUAUGUCUUCGACUGGAACAUGCUCAAAUUUGGCGCCAACAGAGCCGUGGAAGAUGCAGAGCGGGAACGCCGGGAGCGUGAGGAGAGGCUGAGGCAUGGCAGGAACCCCGGGGCCAGGGGCAUGGCCUCGGCCUCAGGAAGAGCCAGGGCACCUCAGGAUGUCGCAGCCCCAUCCCCGCUCAACCCCGCCUCACACACAGGUAUGGAGAAGGAGAGGAAGGUGAGCAUGCGUCUUCAUCGUGGAGCACCUGUCAACAUCUCCUCCUCAGACCUGACGGGACGCCAGGACACAUCCCGCAUGUCCACCUCACAGGCUCUGUCCAGAGUCACGCCCAGCGGCCUCCAGUCUGCAGCUCCUCGGUGAAACCUUCCCGUCCAUCCGAGCACCGUGGAGGCCUCAACACACACCACCUGCAGCAUACACACCCUCUUCCACACACGCCAGGCCAUCGCCCGGACUCUGGGACGACUCGGACUACUUCUACAACGGACCGCUGACCAGGACUCAGUCUGAGCCCCCGCUGAGCUUCUGCAGUGGAGGAGAAACGUGUGUGUGUGAUUGGGAGUGUGUGUCAGAGACAGUUUGGUUGCCUUAACGACCACCUUGGCAAAGUAGCAGCCACAGCAUCCCUUCUUCUUCUUUUUUUUUUUUUUUUUCCUUCUCUGGUGGAAGAAACACUCCCUCCUCCUCCUCCUCUUCUUCUUCAUCCUCACUGUUGAUGAAGCCAUGAAUUCACCUUUUUUUUUUUUUGUUGAUUUAUGAUUUUACUUAAAUUUAUUCUUUAGCAUUAUAACUUCUCCUACACCAGCUGGUGGCAGGAGUGUGAAGACGGAGAAGCCUGUUAGAUGUUGAGAAUAGUCUGUGGGAUUUAUUUUAAAAGCAAGACGACACCACCGUGGCAGUUACAUGGUGCCUUUUGUGUCCUGAAAGACUCUUUAAAUCCCACGUUGUGUCUUUUAUUUUAUAGAUGUGUGAGGUUUAGAUUCACAGCUAGCGGGACUGAAGGCCUUUCGGAUCCCAUCGUGCAUCGUUUUUUUUUUUUUUUAUCUUUUCGUCUUCGUCCUCCUCAGGUGCGUUGGAACCAGGACGUCGUGGUAAAAUCCAAAAACUUGCAGCACAUUUUUGUGUUUUUUCUGUCUUCAGGUUGUGACUGCUGUGGGUAAAGCUGUGAAAGGAUCGGUUAGAUAGUCGGGAUGAUGUCCACACUGAACGCUUUUAAACCCGGUGCUUAGUGACGUGGUUUUCGUGUGUGUGUUUGUGUGGUUCUGUCUUAUAGGGUUGUACAAGCUCAAACGGGUGGGGGGUGAAAACGUCGGGUUGUUUUUUUAUUAUUAUUAUUUUUAACUCCUUUGCCUCCUCAACCUCGCUGUCCACCGUCUGUCCUUCUGCUUCAUUUUCAGUCAGUUCUACCUUGAACCUCAUUAAAAACUCGCUUUCAGUUUUGAGAUGUUUUUUUAUUUUUUUGGGUAAAUGCAACUCUAGACACCACAAAAAUCAGCCUCCUAAGAGCUUGAAUAAUGUGUUAGAGCAUCUACACUGCAGGACAGAAGCUUAACUUUGGCUAAUGUUUGUCAGUUUCAGGAUUAAAAAAGAGGAAUUCCUCCUGCUUUUUACUUCAUUCUCUGUUUAUUAUUGGGCUUGUGCCGUUAAACAACACCUGCAGUUCAGAGUAGUCGCUAAAGAUGUCCUCUACUACGACUACUGCUGCGUUAAAGGGGCAUUUUAACGUUUGUACAGAUGUAGAUCUUCGUCCUAUCCAGUUGCAAAAACGAGCUCUGAAAUGGCUUGAAAAAAACAUGUGGUCGAGUUGCAUUGUGGGAAAUGUAGGAGGCGGCAUCUGGGUGCCUGACCCACACCAGUGGAGCUUCUGUUUUAGCCUUAGUUGCCUCAAUUUAUUUCAUCUCUGUCUGCGAGUGCCGCUACUUCACAGGAGACCAAAUUCCUCCAGAGACAGAUUGUGGUCUUUGUGAGCCGAGCUGAGAGUUCAAGUAGAAAACGGACGGUUUAACAUCUGGCCAGACGGAAGCAAACGGAGGUUUUGGACAUCAACGGACCGAGUUGUCGUCUCAGCGGCACCGGAGCCAUCCACGGCUCUUCUUCACAACUCGAUCUGAACCCUGCAGAUUUUAAAAGUAGAAAACUUGUCGAUGUGAUAGACUGAUUGCAGAGUGUUGUAGGCCGUCUUCUGUAGUUGGAGGAGGAAAGGCUCGUAGUGGUGAUUCGUACAUGUUGCUUCUGUUGUUGUGUUUAGGAUGCUCCGUCUUGUACGGACGGACAGGAACGACUCACUCCAUUAGACUUCCUGCUGCGGCAGUUUUCUUUUCUAAAUAUUUCUUCACCUGUGGGCUUGAAAAACAGACAAAAAAAAGAAAAAAGUGAUGGAUUAACUUGUUUGUCUCACUAAUGAUGGCUAUGAUAAAUGCAAGUACACUUUACAUGGGAUACGUUUUGCAGACGGUCACGUCUGCCUCACUUGAUGAUUUUUUUGACACUUCCUGUCAGAUUAUGCUUUUAACUGUGCAGUGGAGAUGGUUGCUCAUGUCCCACAAUGCAUCUCUUACUGUGGAUUCAUGGGGAAUGUCUUUCCACUCCCACCUUAAGACUUUUGCUCCUCAUUUGUAUUGCCACUGUAUUGUGUAUUUUAAAAUUGUGUAAAUAAAUUAAUAAGUACUUGUA